AUGCACCAUGGAAAUGGCCCUCAGCAUGUCCAGCAUCAGCUGCAGAGGUCUAGGUCCUCCACUGGCAGCGAAGAAGAGCAGCCAGCUCACCCAAACCUACCUCCAUCCCCUGCAGCACCCUUCGCUCCAUCUGCCAGUCCGUCUGCACCCCAGUCCCCUGGCUACCAGAUCCAGCAGCUGAUGAGCAGGAGCCCUGUGGCUGGGCAGAGUGUGAACAUCACCCUGCAGAACGUCGGUCCCAUCGUGGGAGGGAACCAGCAGAUCACACUGGCCCCCCUUCCACUGCCCAACCCUACCUCUCCAGGGUUCCAGUUCAGUGCACAGCAGAGGCGGUUUGAGCAUGGCUCUCCAUCCUACAUUCAAGUUACUUCCCCUCUGUCCCAGCAGGUCCAGACACAAAGCCCUACGCAGGCUAGCCCUGGGCCAGGACAGGCCUUGCAGAGUGUGCGAGCAGGUGCUCCAACCCCUGGGCUUGGCAUUUGCAGCAAUAGCCCCACUGGAGGCUUUGUGGAUGCCAGUGUUCUUGUGAGGCAGAUCAGCUUGAGCCCAUCCAGCGGUGGGCACUUUGUGUUUCAGGAGGCACCAGGCCUCACCCAGAUGGCUCAGGGAGCACAGGUUCAGCUCCAGCAUGCAGGAGCUCCUGUCACAGUUCCAGAACGGCGACUAUCCCAGCCUCAUACACAGUCUGGAGGUACCAUUCACCAUCUGGGGCCCCAGAGCCCUGCAGCUGCAGGAGGGGCUGGUCUGCAGCCUCUGGCCAGCCCAAGUCAUAUCACCACAGCAAGCCUGCCACCUCAGAUCAGCAGCCUCAUCCAGGGCCAGUUGAUCCAGCAGCAGCAGGUGCUCCAGGGGCAACCUCUCAGCAGACCUCUGAGCUUCGAGAGGACACCUGGUAUGCUGCUCCCUGGGGUUGGGAGCACCUCAGCAUUUGGUAUGACGUCCCCACCACCACCAACCAGCCCGUCCAGGACUGCCAUGCCCCCAGGCCUUUCUAGUCUGCCCCUCACAUCUGCAGGGAGUGCAGGGGUGAAAAAGGCCCCCAAGAAGUUGGAGGAGAUCCCUCCAGCCUCCCAGGAGCUGGCGCAGAUGAGGAAGCAAUGCCUGGACCACCACCACAAGGAGAUGGAGGCGCUCCGAGAGGUCUUCCAAGAGUGUCUGAUUGAGCUGUUCUUCCUGCAGCACCUUCAGGGCAACAUGAUGGACUUCCUAGCCUUCAAGAAGAAGCACUAUGCUCCACUGCAAGCAUACCUUAGGCAGAAUGAUUUGGACAUUGAAGAAGAGGAGGAGGAGGAAGAGGAGGAGGAAGAAAAAUCUGAAGUUAUCAACGAUGAGCAGCAAGCCCUGACUGGGAGCCUGGUGGCAGGGGCUAGCAAUGUGAUGGAGGCUGACCCAUUCAAGAGACAGCAGACCGUACCACCCACAGGAGGGAUGCCCCCCACCCCUCAGAGUGUACAGCACACUGGGCAGAAGCAGAGCCAGCAGCAGUACGACCCUUCCACUGGGCCUCCUGUGCAGAAUGCCGCCAGCUUGCACACUCCACCACCACAGCUGCCUACGAGGCUGCCCCCAGCUAGUGUUCCUGCUGCAGCCCUCUCUUCCACUCUGCAGUUUUCACAGCAAUCGCAGGUGGUGGAGGCUCAGACUCAACUCCAAAUCCCCGUGAAGACUCAGCAGCCGAAUGUCCCUCUCUCUGCUCCUGCAACCAGCCAGCUCCCUGUUCCUCCUCCACAGCCUACACAGCCAGCUCUCCAUGUUCCAGUGCCUGGGAAGGCACAGAUGCAGGCAUCUCAGCUUUCAUCUCAGACACAGGCAGUGGCAUCAACCAGGCUUCCCCUGGACUCUGUCCAGCCCUGCCAGCGGUCUCUGCCUGCUGCUUCUUCCUCAUCUCUCACACCCGUGAGUGGCUCAGGCCCGGGGCCUUUGCCUGCACGGUCUUCACCAGUGAACAGACCCUCCUCAGCCACUAGCAAAGCACUGUCUCCUGCCACUUCUCGUUCUCCAGGGGCUGCGGUGCCAGCCCCCCCGAAGCCACAGAGCCCUGCUCAGAACGCUGCCUCAUCUCAGGACAGUUCUCAGGAUAAGCUGGCAGAGCAGAUAACACUGGAAAACCAGGUCCAUCAACGAAUAGCAGAUUUAAGGAAAGAAGGAUUGUGGUCCUUAAGGCGACUGCCAAAAUUGCAGGAGGCCCCACGCCCUAAAUCUCACUGGGACUACCUGCUAGAGGAGAUGCAGUGGAUGGCUACAGACUUUGCUCAAGAGCGGAGAUGGAAGCUGGCUGCUGCUAAGAAGCUCGUUAGAACAGUAGCACGUCAUCAUGAGGAAAAGAAGCUUCGUGAAGAAAGAGGGAAGAAAGAAGAACAGAACAGAUUAAGACGUAUUGCUGCCUCAACUGCCCGAGAAAUAGAAUAUUUUUGGUCAAACAUUGAGCAGGUUGUGGAAAUAAAACUGCAAGUGGAAUUAGAAGAGAAAAGGAAAAAAGCCUUAAGUUUACAGAAAGUGUUCAGAAGAGGAAAAGAGUUGAGGCCCAAGGGAUUGGAUGUGUUACCUGAACACUUUCUGGAUCCAGGAAUAUCUGGAAGAAAAAGAAAAGCUAGCACCUCUUUGACUGAUGAUGAAGGUCUGUGCCCCAUCCUCAUGGAGCUGUUAACUGACAAUUGUUAUAAAAUAAUGGUGUUUCUUUGUGCAAUCCUUUCAGCUGAACUGCCCUUAAUUGACCUAAUGAAGUUGUAUGAAGGUGCCUUUCUGCCAAGUUUUCAGUGGCCACAACCUGAACCUGAUUGUGAAGAGACAAGUGGAGAAGAGGAUAUGGAAGAGUGUCUGAGUGACCGGGAGAGCCAGAGGGCUUCGGUUCUCAUAGACUCCCUCUUUAUUAUGGAUCAGUUUAAAGCCACAGAAAGAGUGAACCUUGGAAAACCUAACACCAAGGACAUUGCAGAAGUCACAGCUGUGGCUGAAGCUGUCCUGCCCAAGGGCAGUGCCCGGGUCACAACUGCGGUGAAGUUUAAUGCACCAUCUUUAUUGUAUGGUGCACUCCGAGAUUAUCAGAAGAUUGGCCUGGAUUGGUUGGCCAAACUCUAUAGGAAGAAUCUGAAUGGCAUAUUGGCAGAUGAGGCUGGGCUUGGUAAAACAGUGCAGAUUAUUGCUUUUUUUGCCCACCUUGCCUGUAAUGAAGGUAAUUGGGGUCCCCAUCUUGUUGUUGUGAGGAGCUGCAACAUACUCAAAUGGGAACUUGAGUUGAAACGCUGGUGUCCUGGGUUAAAAACCCUCUCCUAUGUUGGCAGUCACAGGGAACUCAAAGCAAAGAGACAGGAAUGGGCUGAGCCCAACAGCUUCCAUGUCUGCAUCACGUCCUAUAAGCAGUUCUUCAGGGGUUACACUGCGUUCUCCAGGGUGCGCUGGAAGUGCCUUGUCAUUGAUGAGAUGCAGCGUGUGAAGGGCAUGACUGAGAGGCACUGGGAAGCUGUUUUCACCCUGCACAGCCAGCAGCGCCUGCUUCUGAUCGAUGCACCACUACAUAACACCUUCCUGGAGCUCUGGACCAUGGUGCACUUUCUCAUCCCCGGGAUCUCCAGGCCUUACCUGAGCUUUCCCCUGAAAGCCUCCAAUGAAGAGAACCAAGAUUACUACCAUAAAGUGGUCAUAAGGCUCCACAGGGUGACACAGCCAUUUAUUUUGAGGAGAACUAAGAGAGAUGUAGAGAAGCAGCUGACCAGAAAGUAUGAGCACGUUUUGAAGUGUCGCCUUUCCAGUCGGCAGAAGGCCUUGUAUGAGGAUGUCAUUCUACAGCCUGGGACACAAGAAGCUCUGAAGAGCGGGCACUUUGUCAGUGUCUUGAGUGUCCUGAUGCGUCUGCAACGCAUCUGCAACCACCCUGGGUUGGUGGAGCCCCGGCUACCAGGAUCUUCCUAUGCAGCUGGCUCUCUACAGUACCGAUCUGCCUCUCUUAUUCUCAAGGCCCUGGAGAGAGAGUUUUGGAAGGAAACCGAUCUUUCUAUAUUUGAUCUUAUUGGGUUAGAAGAUAAAAUCACUCGCCAUGAAGCGGAAUUGUUAUCUAAGAAAAAGGUGACUCGGAAACUCAUGGAGGAGGUGUUUGUGUCACCACCCCCAUCAACACGGCCAGCAGCAGUGAAGUUGAAGGCAAGCAGGUUAUUCCAGCCUGUGCAGUAUGGUCAGAAGCCUGAGGGUCGCACUGUGGCAUUCCCCACACACACACCCCGGACAGCAACUGCCAACACCACUGCUGCUGCUCCACAGGGUCAGGUUCGAGGACGGCCACCAAUUGCCACCUUUUCUGCCAACCCGGAUGCAAAAGUGGCAGCAGCCCCGUUUCAGACCUCUCAGGCUUCCGUCGGUGCGCCUCGACACCACCAGCCUGCCUCGACCUCCAGCACAGCAGCAGGCCCAGCCCAUCCUGUGAAACUGCGGGCCCAGACCAAUGCCCAGGCCUCCACCCCAGGCCCGCCCCCGCCCCCGCCCCAGGCCCCCUCGCUGGCUGCGGGUCCGAGCCCGCAGCCUCAGCGGCUGGUGCUCACCUCGCAGGCCCAGGCCCGCUUGCCCAGUGGAGAAGUAGUGAAAAUAGCUCAAUUGGCAUCCAUCGCGGGACCACAGAGCCGUAUUGCCCAGCCAGAGACACCAGUGACACUGCAAUUCCAGGGGAACAAGUUCACCUUGUCACAUAGUCAGCUUCGGCAGCUCACAGCAGGCCAGCCCCUACAGCUACAAGGCAGCGUCCUCCAGAUCGUGUCAGCCCCUGGGCAGCCCUACCUGAGAGCCCCCGGCCCCGUGGUGAUGCAGACCGUGUCUCAGGCGGGUGCUAUGCACAGCACCCUGGGAAGCAAGCCCCCAACUGCUGGCCCCAGCCCCGCACCCUUGACCCCACAAGUUGGCGUUCCGAGUCGAGUGGCAGUGAGUGCCAUGGCUGUAGGAGAACCCGGGCUGGCUUCUAAGCCAGCCUCUCCUGCUGCAGGGCCGACUCAGGAGGAAAAGACCAGGCUAUUGAAGGAGCGGCUGGAUCAGAUGCAUUUUGUCAAUGAACGACGCUGUUCCCAAACCCCGGUGUAUGGCAGAGACUUGCUGAGGAUUUGUUCUCUACCUGGCAGAGGAAAGAGGCCUUGGCCAGGUUCUUUUGACAGCAGUUUUGGGAAUGGGGUUGGGUCAACGAGCUGUUACCUAUUACCCUCAAAAAGUAAAGGUGAUCUGAUAUUAACAUUGAAUCAGCGCAAAGAAUCGCUCCAGGAUAUUCUUGACAGGGUGGCCUGUGUGAUUCCUCCUGUGGUGGCUGCACCCCCUUCCUUGUGGGUGGCCAGGCCACCCUCACUGUACAGUUGUGGGCUCCGGGCCCUGAGGCAGCGCCUGAGGGAGCAUGCUGCCCCCUAUCUCCGGCAGCUUCAGCAGCUGACUGCACUGCGUUCUCUACAGUUCCCUGAGCUGAGACUGGUGCAGUUUGACUCAGGAAAGUUAGAAGCUUUAGCAGUCCUGCUUCAGAAGCUGAAAUCUGAAGGGCGCCGGGUGCUGAUUUUAUCACAGAUGGUUCUUAUGUUAGACAUUUUAGAAAUGUUCUUGAACUUCCAUUAUCUCACCUAUAUAAGAAUUGAUGAAAAUGCCAACAGUGAACAGCGGCAGGAGCUGAUGAGGAGUUUCAACAGAGACAGGAGGAUUUUCUGUGCCCUUUUUUCUACCCAUAGCCGUGCCACUGGCAUAAACCUUGUUGAAGCCGACACUGUUGUCUUUUAUGACAAUGACCUAAAUCCAGUGAUGGAUGCCAAGGCUCAGGAGUGGUGUGAUCGAAUGGGGAGGUGUAAGGAUAUCCACAUAUACAGGCUUGUAAGUGGCAAUUCUAUUGAAGAGAAAUUGUUGAAAAAUGGAACUAAAGAUUUGAUUCGAGAAGUGGCUGCUCAGGGAAAUGAUUACUCAAUGGCAUUCUUAACUCAGCGAACUAUUCAGGAGCUGUUUGAGGUUUAUUCUCCCAUGGAUGAUGCUGGCUUUCCAGUGAGAGCUGAGGAGUUUGUAGUGCUUUCUCAGGAGCCCUCUGUGAGCGAAACCAUUGCACCCAAGAUCGCAAGGCCUUUCAUAGAGGCCCUCAAGAGCAUCGAAUAUCUGGAGGAAGACGUGCCGAGGUCUGCAGAGGAGGCUGUACCUGUACUGAGCACUGGUGUUAUGUUCUCAGACUCAGAGGGCACUCAGUGUGACGAGGAACCGUCGCAGCUGGAGGAGCUAGCUGAUUUUAUGGAACAGCUAACGCCAAUUGAAAAAUAUGCUUUGAAUUACUUGGAAUUGUUCCAUGCAACCAUUGAACAAGAAAAAGAGAGAAAUAGUGAGGACAUGGUGAUGACGUCAAUGAGAGACUGGGAGUCUCGCAAUGCCCAGAGCCUGCAGCAGAAGGAGGCCCAGCUGCAGCGUGAGCAGGAGGAGGCCGAGCUGCUCACCUAUACGAGGGAGGAUGCCUAUAGCAUGGAAUAUGUCUAUGAAGAUGCUGAUGGACAGACAGAAGUCAUGCCGCUCUGGACCCCACCCACUCCUCCUCAGGAUGACAAUGACAUCUACAUUGACUCAGUUAUGUGUCUCAUGUAUGAAACCACACCCAUCCCAGAAGCUAAGCUGCCUCCCGUGUAUGUAAGGAAGGAGCGCAAACGGCAUAAAACAGACCCCUCAGCCACAGGGAGGAAGAAGAAGCAGCGGCAUGGUGAGGCAGUUGUCCCACCACGAUCCUUGUUCGAUCGGGCAACCCCAGGCAUGCUAAAAAUCCGACGUGAAGGCAAAGAGCAGAAGAAGAACCUGCUGCUGAAGCAACAGACACCCUUCGCUAAACCUCUGCCUACCUAUGUCAAGCCCUCUGGGGAGCCUGCCCAGGACAGCCCUGAGUGGCUCAUUGGCGAGGACUGGGCCCUGCUGCAGGCUGUAAAGCAGCUACUUGAGCUGCCCUUGAACCUCACAAUUGUGUCACCUGCCCACACACCUAACUGGGACCUUGUCAGUGACGUUGUCAACUCCUGCAGCCGAAUCUACCGUUCUUCCAAGCAGUGCCGCAACCGUUAUGAGAAUGUCAUCAUUCCCAGAGAGGAAGGGAAGAGUAAGAACAACCGUCCACUCCGCACAAGCCAGCUCUAUGCACAGGAUGAGAAUGCUACACAUACCCAGCUAUACACAAACCACUUUGACCUGAUGAAGGUGACUGCUGGCAAGCGGAGCCCUCCCAUCAAACCUCUGCUUGGCAUGAAUCCUUUUCAGAAGAACCCCAAGCAUGCCUCAGUGUUGGCAGAAAGUGGAAUCAACUAUGACAAGCCGCUGCCGCCCAUUCAGGUUGCAUCUCUCCGUGCAGAGCGAAUUGCAAAAGAGAAAAAGGCUUUGGCAGACCAGCAGAAGGUACAGCAGCCAGCUGUCUCACAGCCACCCCCACAGCCCCAGCAGCCGCCUCCACCGCCUCCACAGCAGCCGCCUCCACCGCUGCCCCAGCCACAGGCAGCCGUCAGCCAGCCGCCAGCAGGGCCACCUACCGUCCAGACCCAGGCCCAGACCCAGGCCCAGGCCCAGCCACAGCCUGUACAGGCCCCACCAAAGGGGCAACCCACAAUCACAACUGUGGGCAGUGCUGCAGUGCUGGCAGGAACCAUUAAAACAUCAGUUACUGGGACAAGCAUACCAACAGGCACCGUGAGUGGAAAUGUGAUUGUCAACACCAUAGCAGGUGUGCCAGCUGCUGCCUUCCAGUCCAUUAACAAGCGUCUUGCUUCACCUGUGGCCCCAGGAGCCUUGGCUGCGUCUGGAGCCUCGACUCCUGCCCCCGUUGUCCAUGCCCAGCAACGAGCAGUUGGCUCCCCUGCUACUGCAGCCACUGACCUGGUGCCCAUGGCAACCACUCAAGGUGUUCGAGCAGUCACUUCUGUGACUGCCUCAGCUGUGGUCACUACGAACCUGACUCCCGUGCAGACUCCAGCUCGGUCUUUAGUGACCCAGGUGUCCCAAGCCACAGGGGUUCAGCUUCCUGGAAAAACCAUCACCCCUGCCCACUUCCAGCUCCUCAGGCAGCAGCAGCAGCAGCAGCAGCAGCAGCAGCAGCAACAGCAGCAGCAGCAGCAACAGCAGCAGCAGCAACAACAACAGCAGACCUCCCAAGUACAGGUUCCACAGAUCCAGGGCCAGGCUCAGUCCCCUGCACAGAUCAAAGCCGUGGGCAAGCUAGCACCGGAACACAUCAUCAAGAUGCAGAAGCAAAAGAUGCAGCUGCCACCGCAGCCUCCACCACCACAGGCCCAGCCUGGACCUCAGCCACCAGCGCAGGUUCAAGUGCAGCCCCCGCAGCCCCCACAGCAGCAGAGCCCCCAGCUCACCACGGUCACGGCCCCACGACCUGGGGCUUUGCUUACGGGCACCACAGUAGCCAAUCUUCAGGUGGCUCGGCUUACUCGGGUUCCCACAUCCCAGCUGCAGGCGCCAGGGCAGAUGCAAGCGCAGGCCCCUCCGCCAGCGCAGGUGGCCUUGGCGAAGCCUCCGGUAGUGUCUGUCCCAGCAGCCGUGGUGUCCUCGCCUGGCGUCACAACCCUGCCCAUGAACGUCGCAGGCAUCAGCGUGGCGAUUGGGCAGCCUCAGAAAGCAGCAGGUGCUUAUCCCCACCCUGAGUGCCCCCUAACUGCACAACAGAUUGCUGCUCAGAGCCCACAGCAGAAGGUCGCAUAUGCUGCCCAACCAGCACUUAAAACCCAGUUUUUGACUACACCCAUAUCACAGGCCCAGAAACUGGCUGGGCCUCAGCAAGUACAGACCCAAAUCCAGGUUGCAAAACUUCCACAAGUUGUCCAGCAACAAACACCUGUGGCUAGCAUUCAGCAGGUUGCCUCUGCUUCUCAGCAGGCUUCUCCGCAGACAGUGACCCUCACACAGGCAGCGACAGCAGGGCAGCAGGUGCAGGUGAUCCCAGCGGUGACUGCCACAGCCCAGGUGGUGCAGCAGAAGCUCAUACAGCAGCAGGUGGUGACCACAGCUUCAGCCCCACUUCAGACCCCUGGGGGUCCAAGCCCAGCACAGGUCCCAGCCAGCUCCGACAGCCCAAGCCAGCAGCCCAAGCUGCAGAUGAGAGUUCCUGCUGUGAGAUUAAAGACACCCACCAAGCCUCCGUGCCAGUAGGAAGGAAGGCAAGAGAGGCCUUUGCAUGGAGAACACCACGCCAUUUCUGGGUGUUGGGGUAGCACCCUGCAGGACAGACAGCACUCGGCAGCCACUGUCAGUGCAGAGUUGUGUGAGACUAUCUUAACAUGUGUGACGCUGCAGGAAGAAUGGUCCUAUCUGUGUUUGUGACAAGUUGAAAAAGUGACGAUGGAGACGUUUCUUUCACCUUUCAGUUUUCCUCCAAGGCAGUGGUGCUUGUUUUGAAAGCCAUGUAGAGUUUCUAUUAGUACGUAGUAUUUAGCACGCUCCAGAAGCCAUUGGGCAUGUGCAGUGAAGUCAUAAAAUAGACUCUACUUGCUAAAACCUGGCCUCUGGCACUGUCUGCUGUGGUUUGGGUAGAAGACACAGCCACCUCCUCAAGGAAUGAUCGCAGAAGAUAACCUGAGACCAGCUUCUCGCUCCAUAGGCACCACUGAGGAUGUCCCCCCUCGUAAUGCAUGGUUUAAUUCCAACGGGAAAUACUUAGUACUGAUUCCUACCCAGGUACACCUGGCGUGCCCCUGCUCACAUGGAAGGAACCUGUGAUUGGAUUUUCAUUCCAAAGAAUGGCCAGUGUGGCUUCUGGCCCUGCCACAGUGGUGGUAGCUUUCACUUGAAGGAGCUGUGGGUCCCAUGCCAUCUCUGUAUGCCACACGUCUCCAGGGAACUUUCGUGAAACUUCUGGUGUGAGGCCCACGGUGGCACAUCUUGUUGGGUUGCAGACGUCACACAAUGUGCGGCAGUAGGACAGCUCAGUGGGAUCUGGGAAUAGGGCCACGGACCCCUUGCUGUAGCCCUGCCCUG